GAAAAUUGAACCACUUGUUGAGAUCCGAUAUUGAAUAUAACUAUCGCAACCCAUUGUCUCGCAUCAAAAUGUUUUUCUAGAUCAACCUGUUACCAGCCUUAGUCAAACUUGUUCUCCCUCUACAGGAAUCGAACAAGACUUACAGGCAUCACCCCAUCGUGCGGCACUGUCGUCAAAAUGAAUAAUCUAUCUCUACAUCAAACCCUGUGCUUUGCGUAUCUGAGGCCUCUGACUGCGGUGGAAACUGCAAUACCUUAUAGAAGAGUAAUACGACUGAGGUUACGAAAAUAAAAUAAGAACUUGAUCACGUAUUGAACCUGGCGCAAUGGCUUCGGUCUUUACAUUUGACCCCGACCCUCCUCGGGUGUCGUCGCCAUGGUCAAUGUCUGGUUCUUCAACACCCCAGCCUGGAACUACCGCUACUACUAUCACGGUUGGUGACAACACUGAAAACCCUUUGAAUUCGAGUUCCGACAAGCUCGCGGACUAUGGCAUCACCAAGCUGGAGCCUGAGCCCCAGGAAGGCCCAACAGAGUAUAAACUGCAUCUGUUGCUCCGACCUCGACGGCUGUUCACAGCCAUGUCGACUGGUCAAGUUGUUGCCGGCACCUAUCAUUUCCGAGCCAAUCAUUCAAAACCUGGUUCCGGAGUCAACUUGAUAGCCGCAGCAGAGGUACCGCCCAGGUCACUUUCGACGCCGUCAUUGAGCACUCGGCAGCAGCGGCUGCAACAGCUCACCACUCAGCUGCUCUGGCGAUUGCAGCAGUCUUCACCGUUUCACUCUUCGUCGACGGCGAAUCUCAUACUGCCUAUUCUCCCUGAAGCUACUCCCAAACUUGGACUUCCGCAGAAACCGGCUCGUCUUCUGCCAGGUCUCGAGGAAAGCCAGGGCGCACUGUAUGAGAUAGGUGUGGCUGACGAUGGUACUUUUGUUGGCUUGACUGCGGAGGAGCUGGAAGAGAGUUUGAAUAAUCUUCAGGCCAUGGCUGCUAGUCUUGGCUGUAAAGUUGAGAUUCUUCGCAAAGUAGUCGUUGGGGCAUGCGAAUGGGCAGAUGAAGCUGAUCCUACAAAGCUGACCUCCGACUCGCUUUGGGUUGCGGAAGCUUUGGUGAGCCCCGACCACACUCUUCAAUCAAGGAAGGAGCUAGAUAUGGAGACAUUGAGCCUGGAUGACUCAGUCCCAGCUUCAAAAAACGAAGGCCAAAUAGAAGGGGCAUGUUCUCAAACUGAGCAGAUUCGGAUAUCAAUUACAGGACCUAGUGCUGCGGGAAAAUCAUCCCUUCUUGGGACCUUGACAAGCUCUGCCCUUGACAAUGGGCGAGGGAAAAGCCGACUAAGCUUGCUCAAGCACCGGCAUGAAAUUUUCUCGGGAAUCACCAGCUCGGUGGCACAGGAAUUGAUUGGCUACAGUUCAUCUCCCUCUGCUACUGAUGGCCCGGUUGGUGUGAUUAAUUAUGCUUCUGAAAAUGUGGCCGCCUGGAAUGAUAUCCAUGCUGCAUCGGAUGGCGGGCGUCUUGCCUUUGUGUCUGAUCUCCCAGGUUUCACGCGCUAUAUGAAAUCGACGUUACGGGGUCUGAUAAGCUGGGCUCCUCAUUAUGUAGUUCUCUGCAUCCCAGCAAACAGCUCCCACGACAUGGCUUCAACGCAGGAUGACGGCGAUCAAGCGCCAGAAAUAGACCUCUGUCUGGCUUAUCUCGAUCUCUGCAUUAGACUCGAAGUGCCCAUUAUAUUAUGCAUUACCAAACUCGAUCUUGCAUCUCGUCUAGGUCUUAAACAGACUCUUGCCAGGGUGUUGUCUGCUAUCAAACUCGCGGAGAAAAAGCCAUUGAUGCUCGCAGUUUCUCCAGAGACCACAAACCAGCUAAUUGAUCUGCAGCAGAUUUCCACUUCAGACUGUCGUGAGGCCCUCAAGACGAUCAACACUGUCAACGGUGACUGGUCCAGUACAAUACCGAUCCUCCUAACUAGUGCAGUGAAUGGCUCCGGCAUCGGCAAACUUCAUGCCCUGCUCCGUUUCCUUCCUCUCCCAGCCAUCCCAUCAUCCAGACUUGUACGGCCACUACCAUCCCAGUCCCGCCAGGAAAUACCCACAGACGUAUUCGACAUCGACGAGGUCUUUGCGAUCCCUCCCUCAAAAGUCUACUCAACUGCAGAUAACGCCCCCUCAGACGCCAAGGGUGUCGUACUGUGCGGUGUUGUGCGACACGGCAGUAUAUCCAUUGGUGAUGAGCUUGUAAUUGGUCCUAUCGCGGUCGAGGCAAAGCUCGACGACGGCACCCCUCAAGCCUCAUCCUCAAGACCACGGUCUCUACAAGCCGCCGAGCACCCACUAAAUGGCUCACCACAAUCUCGCUCGUACAAAAGCAAGCCACCAUCAGGCGACUUCUUCUCCUCCUUCCCCCACGGCUCUUUCCCCAGUAAAUCCCGCGUCUCCUUGAGCCAUGCAGAUUGGCAGCGUGUCCGGGUCGUUAGCGUACGAAACCUGCGUCUAUCCGUACGCAUCCUUCUCGAAGACCAAGUCGGCACCAUUGGCAUCGAGCCCAUCGUUCGGAGCCCCGGCGGAGAACCCAAUUCUCUAGGCCGCCUGCGAAAAGGCAUGAUCCUCGCCCAGGCGCGAAUGACCAGCGACAAAUCCAAGAACAGCAGCAUACCCAGUUCUCUCGCGUUUAGCACCGCCUUCGUAGCCAUCUUCCCAGCCCGCGACUUCUCAUCGUCGCUCUCCCCGCCGCUCAUCCUCGGCGGAAGCGCAGUCGUCUACAUCGGCAAUAUCCGUGCUGCUGCCAAAGUCACCUGCGUUUCGCUCGCUGACGAUGACGCGGUGGCAUCGCCGCCUGCGCUUCUCUCCGACGAGCCGGAAUUUUUCAAUUUCGAUGAUGACGAUGAGAAACAUAAACAUAACCAUCAUCACAAUCAGCCAAGCCAGCUGCCGCGUCGCGCGCGUCAGGAGAGUGAAAAGACCAUUGAUAUUUCUAGUGCCCAAGGCAAUGGGUAUAUCAAUAUCACGUUUGCUUUCCUCUCGUCCAUCGAGUGGGUUGAACUGGGCUCUUUGGUGGUCGUCAUGCCUGGCGCUACCACGGCGACAUCGGCUACGGGGGAUUUGGUUUCGCUGUCUGGUCUGGAGGGGUUUGUGGGUAGGGUGUGUGAGGUGAAUAGUAGUGAGGAUAUGUCGGAGAGAUGAUAUAUGUUCUUAGUUGAAUAUUCGAUUUGCUAUGUUAUUUGCUAUAUGCGUUUUUUUUUAGUCUUUGUUUGAGUUCAGAUUGACGAAGUUUAUGUUAGAUACUCAAUGGUUUGAUGAAAGCUACUAAACUAGAUUUAUCAUUGUUGACAUGCUUUGUACAUCGAUAAAUAAUAAAUACCCAAAGUCAUCUUUCAA